CAUCUUUCAACGUUAGCGAGAAGUAGGUGAGCGCGUCGGAUAAUUUUCUCAAAAAUACAACAACAACUAAAGAGUAGAAGAAAAUAGAAGAGUGUGAUGUGUUAAGGAGUGUGUUUGCUCAUGUAUGCUACUCAUGAGAAUAAAAAUGAAUAAAACAUUUAAACUUGAUAAUCAGAAAAAAGCGGGAAAUCUCUAAAAACUAAUAAAAGAGAAACUAAAACAAGAUUUAUCAUUUUCAAACGAAAAUAUUCGGGACAAAAAACAAAAAGCCUGCCAAUAGGACUGGGCUUAAAAAAAGAAGUAUAUUUUUGGUUGCAGUUUGAAUAAUAAAUAGUUCAACUCAUAAUUCCAAUUGUUAUGUUGCGAAAACUAAAGAAACGAUUUUUUCAUAGCCCUCUAUACAUUGUUUAACCAAAAAUCGUAUAUGCAUUAAAAUUUAUACAUACAUAUAUAGAUAUGUGUACACAUAUACAUUUUUUUAAGUUCAUGAUUUUUUCACGACGUCAAUGCGCAAUACAUCAGUGAAAAAAUUAAAAAAAAAAAACUUGAUCGUCGUCGUUUGGCUCGCAAGUGCUAGCAGCUUGUUGGCGGCCCCAACUUCCCCCCACACUAAAAAGCACGAAACACAUGCACUCUCCUUUUCUCUUUCUCUCUUUUUUGAUUUGCUCCCAUCGCAGCCAGUAACUUUGUAUGACAGCAUGAGAGCGAGAGAGAAAGCCACAGAGCAGUCUCAUCAUCCUCAAAAUAAUAAUUUCCCCUCUUUUUGUGCUUCUUCUUCAAUCUCUAUUUGUGUCUGCGCUUAUUUACAGUUUCAUUUCACAAAUUUUAUUGUGAGUGUAUGAAUAAACACUGAGUUAGAGCGCAGCAAUGCGUUGUUAAAUAAAAAAGAAAAAAAAAUUGAACUGAACAAUAUAUAUAAUUUAAAGAAAUUACUCAACAGAAAUAAUUAAAAAAAAUAUAUAUGAACAUUUAAAGUGCAGUGUUAAGAAAAAUACUACAUCUGGAUGAAUUACAUCGCAAAAAUUUUAACAUCGUUGACCCCUCACCACCCCAAUCAUUAGACGACUACAAGAAGGGACAGUGAGCCACGUUUGGUGGAAAUAAUAAACAUUUAGCAAAGCCCUCCCCCCAAAUAAAGUGCAUAGAAUAAUUUGUGUUGGGUAAUUUAAAUUCGCCGCCACCAUUACCCACUAUUACCACCCAAUUCAGCAACAGCAACAGCCCUUGGAGGACGUUUGUGCUGUUGGUGAAUCGGUGGACUCCAUGAUGGCUUUGCCCAUGAAUUCUCUAUAUUCCCUGACGUGGGGAGACUACGGCACGUCACUGGUCUCGGCCAUACAGCUGCUGCGUUGUCACGGCGAUUUGGUCGAUUGUACAUUGGCAGCCGGUGGACGCAGUUUUCCGGCCCAUAAAAUAGUGCUGUGUGCCGCAUCACCCUUUUUGCUGGACUUGUUGAAGAACACGCCCUGCAAACAUCCCGUGGUUAUGUUGGCCGGCGUAAAUGCCAAUGAUUUGGAGGCCCUAUUGGAGUUUGUCUACCGCGGUGAGGUUAGCGUGGAUCAUGCACAAUUGCCCUCCCUGUUGCAGGCGGCUCAAUGUUUGAAUAUUCAAGGAUUGGCCCCUCAAACCGUUACCAAGGACGACUAUACAACACAUUCGAUACAAUUGCAACAUAUGAUACCCCAACACCAUCAUGAACAAGAACAAUUGAUAGCUACCAUAGCCACGGCCCCUCAACAAACUGUACAUGCUCAAGUGGUCGACGACAUACAUCAAGCUGGACAAAUUCUACAGACCACCACACAGACCAAUCAAGCUACCGGACAACAAACCAUUGUGACCACUGAUGCGACCAAGGAUGUUAUUCAACAAUAUUUGCCGGCGAGAAAACGUAAACCCAGAGUUAAGAAAAUGUCACCCACGGCUCCCAAGAUCACUAAAGUUGAUGGCAUGGAAACGAUUAUAAGCACCCCAACCACUUCUCAUCCUACAACUACUGUUCAAACGACCCAGCAGCAUCACCAACAACAGGUUCAACAACAGCAGCAACAACAAAUUGAGAAUGGCAAUGACAACCAAAUGAUUACCUCUACACCGAUUAUAAAGAGUGAAGGUACCAAGGUUGAGACAAUCGUUAUGGACCCCAAUACCAGUGGAGAGAUAAGCAUUUCAACGCCGGGCAAAUCGAGCAAACGAAGCAAGAACUUAAGUGGAGAGAAACCCCGAUCACGCUCACAAUCGGAACAACCGGCCACCUGCCCGAUCUGCUAUGCUGUCAUACGACAAUCGCGCAACUUGCGUCGUCACUUGGAGCUGAGACAUUUUGCCAAACCCGGUGUGAAAAAGGAUAAGAAAACUCCAGGCAAGAAAACCGCUAUGGCCGUACCGCCGGGAUCUUCAAAUGCAUCUGGAACAUCGACAGUGACCACAACAUCCGUUAGCACUGUGCCGCAGGUACAAUCGGUGCAGUCGUUACACACUCUACAAACUGUGCAAGUUAAGAAGGAUCCUGAUGCACAAAACCAAGGACAACAGACAAUGACAGUGACCACAACAAAUACUGGACAACAACAACAGCAGCAGCAGCAGCAGCAGCAGACACAACAACAGCAAGUACAACAAGUUCAGGUGCAGCAAACACAGCAGAUACAACAACACCAUAUAAUUGAUCAGUCGGGUAAUAUAUCGACGACCACAACAACAACGAACACACCGCAGCAGCAGCAACAGCAGGCGGCUCAGCAACAACAACAACAGCAGCAGCAACAGGCCGCCCAACAGCAGCAGACGCAACAAGGCCAGCAAAUCGUAACACAAACUGAAAAUACUGAUGGCACUACCUCGUUGUCCAUAGCCCAGGUUCAAACACUGCAGGGUCAUCAGAUUCUGGGCAAUAUAAAUCAGGGCAACAAUAAGAACAUUUUGGUAAAGAAGGUUUUCAUUUUAAAAGGCAGUAAUAAUACGUAAUGAUGAUCCAACGAUAUGAUCUGC